AUGUCGUACCUAAAUAAUCCGGCCAUCGUCAUGGACAAUGGUACCGGUUUGACAAAGUUGGGAUUUGCUGGAAAUGAUUCGCCGUCGUGGGUUUUUCCCACAGCUAUAGCCACCGCGCAACGUUCUGCAACCAAAAGUGGUGGCAGCGGCGCUAGUUCUAGUACAAUGCAGAAUCAAAGCGCUCCAUACUUCGGAAACUCAACUUCUGCGACGUCUUUCAACAGCUUGGCUUCUGCAGCUCUCAUGUCAAACAAUCUAGCAGGCAAACGCGGCACUGAGGAUCUAGAUUUUUAUAUUGGUAAUGAGGCGCUUUCAGCAGCCCAAGGGCCAUCAUACUCACUCAGCUACCCGAUUCGACAUGGCCAAGUCGAGAAUUGGGACCAUAUGGAAAGAUUCUGGGAAAACUCUAUUUUCAAGUAUUUGAGAACCGAGCCUGAAGACCACUUUUUUCUGCUCACUGAACCGCCUUUAAACCCUCCAGAGAAUAGAGAGCAGGUCGCUGAGAUCUUUUUCGAGAGCUUCAAUUGCGCCGGUCUCUAUAUCGCUGUACAAGCCGUCCUGGCUUUGGCUGCCUCUUGGACUUCCUCAAAAGUUGUCGAUAGGUCUCUUACGGGUACUGUUAUAGACUCAGGGGAUGGUGUCACGCAUGUUAUUCCAGUCGCUGAAGGUUACGUUAUCGGGUCUGCCAUUAAAAAUAUUCCCAUUGCAGGCAGGGAUAUUACACUUUUCAUUCAAUCGCUGCUCAGGGAACGUGGUGAGGAAGAUACCACCCUGAGGACUGCAGAACGUAUCAAACAAGAAUACUGCUAUGUUUGUUCUGAUAUUGUUAAGGAAUUUAACAAGUUUGAUAGAGAUUCUGAAAAGUUUGCACAAUUCAUCGUGGAAAAUACAGAAAAGACGAAACGUAAGGUAAUAGACGUGGGUUACGAAAGAUUCUUGGCCCCUGAAAUUUUUUUCAAUCCAGAAAUAGCAUCCUCGGAUUUUUUGACUCCAUUACCCACUGUAGUUGACCAAACCAUUCAGGCCUGUCCAAUAGAUGUUCGUAAAGGACUUUACAACAACAUUGUACUAUCUGGCGGCUCUACGAUGUUCAAAGAUUUUGGACGUCGUCUACAGAGAGACUUAAAAGGUCUGGUCAACAACAGAAUUGCAUUGAGUGAAAGCCUCAGCGGAACAAGGUCCACAGGCGUUGACGUACAAGUGAUUUCUCACAGGAGACAAAGGAACGCAGUGUGGUUCGGUGGCUCUUUGUUGGCACAGACAGCUGAAUUUAAAGGUUAUUGUCAUACCAAAAAAGACUACGAGGAAAUUGGGCCUGAAAUUGUUAGAAAUUUUAGCUUAUUCAACAUGGUCUAA